GGAGGUAAAGCCCCGCAACUGUGUCAAUUUCUGCUUAUUAUUAUAAUUUGGAUAAUUCGAAGACUUACUUAAUUUUAGAUUAUAUAUUUUUGUCUUACGCAAAUUUUAACAGAAUAUCUUAACACUCAGACUCAGAUUUUACCAUGUAUUCUAUCAAGAUUUGACGUUCAUAUCAAAUAGUGGUAAAGUCGUAAUUUAGCUUCGUUAGUCGUUAAUUUAUCACUCACAAACGAAUGAUUUUUCAAAUUCAAUUUAUAGUAGUUACGUAUUAAUAGUAUUAUAAUUAAGUAGUUACUUUAACUUUAGUACUAAUAAACAACACACAAUAAGUCUAAUAUUACUGUCACAAUACAGAAAACAUUAUGGCACCACAGACUUAAAGCUUUUUUUGGCAAACAUAAUUACACAAACAUUACAAUUAUAAAUUAUUGGUAGUUUACUACUAUAGUUAUAGGCACUAUAGCUUCUACUUGGGCAGGGAGCUAUUUGUAGUAAACUACCAAUAGCUUCUUUAGAGCUAUUGGUAGUCCAGCCAAUCAAAUCAAACCAAAAUCUGAGCUUUAAAUACCCGCUUCCAAUGAGGCUGGCGAAGUAUUGCCCCGUUCAUUUAUUACUAGUUUGUACUAGUGACAACACAUCGGCACUAAUUAUAAAAUCUACAAUACUGUUUAAAAGUUAAAAGUACUGGGGGCGAAGGGGAUCAUAAUCUGAAGUUUUUUUACCUAGCUUCUCCGUUGCCAAGGCCAAAGUAAGAUGUGCAGUAAUGGCAGUAAAAUCCAGCUGUAAACAUUUUGUGUGUGCUAAUUAUUAUUAUUAUGAUUAAAAUUAUUAAUUAAAAUACAAGCCUAAAUAAUUACCAUAAGAAGUUUUACCGCAUACAAAGUGUGCAUAUUAAAAUCUAAAUCUUUUUACUUUAGUUAAAUGAAACUGUAUAAUAACGUGAUUAGGCUUAAGGAUGAUAAAAAAAAGCUUAGGCCAAUCAUUGUUUAGGAACGUAGAAGCUUAGAAGCUACUGGUAGUGGAGUAGUUUACUAUCAAUAUCCACAGCCUUUUCAGUAAUUAUUAUGAAAAUAUGUUAUAUCAGUAGCACAUGAUUUAAAAAUUUGUUCAUUUAACACUUAGGUAAUUUCGCCUGUAAAUAUUUCAUGCUGUAUUGUGUACAAUUUAACAUUUUUUUUGGUUGAAUUAAAAAAAAAAUUCUCUUGAUGGCAUGUUAACUAAUCAAUUCUGACGUAACACAGGAGCCCCCAAGUACUCCACCCCAACAUGUACGGAUAAAUAGUCAAAAUUUAGUUCCAAUCAAUUAGCUUAGUUCCUAAUUUAUUUAUUUUUCUUUAUUUACAGUUAAUGUAUAAAACGCUUUAUUACAACUUUUAUUUAAAACAUUUAAUACUUCAUAUAAUUUAUUAACGUAUGGAUCAGGAGUUGAAAAUGAUAUUUAUCUUAUUUUUAAAUAAAAUCCAACAAAGUUCUGAGAGAAAUAUUGAAAAAAAAUUGUUUUAUGGUCCAUGAACCAUCAUGAUACAAGAGAGAGUGAAGAUUCUUGUAAAUCACAAUCUCGAGCAUGAGUGUUCCAGCUUAAGCCACUCAUGCGCAUAAUCUAAAACUAACCCCCCCCCCCCCCACCGCAGCAACACAUUAGUCCUCUCGAGGUCGCUCCCUUAUUUUAUGUAGGGAUGCUUCGAUAAAAUAUGGAAAUAGUCUACGACUGCCUUGACCAAUAUUUCCUCCCAUAAAAGCAAUGUAAAGAAGUGUCUUUGUAAAUAAAUGAAACAAAAUAAAUAUCUUAAUUUAACUGGUCACAUUUUUAAAAAAAAAUGCUAAGAAACCUGCAGCCUUUUGAACCAGUACAUACAGCUCUGCUUUACUAAUCUUUAAUGACAUUGAAACACUCCUCACUGGCCUGGGACCCCGAAAAUUGUUUUCUUAGAAGAAAAUAUUUAUAAUAUAUUCAAUAAAGUCAAAAUUACCAUUAAAAAAAAAUAAAAAAAAAAAAUAUAUAUAUAUAAAGUAUGGUAACUUGAUUACUUGUUGCCGUUUAUGGAUAUGAGGCUUGGGUGGGGUCAAAACCCAUGCUGAUGAUUUUAGCUACGCAGCCCUGAGAAAGCCACUCCUAGGCAACCGUUUCAUCCCAGCUUUCCGUCCCGACCAAAAGACCCGGGCGGUGGGGGUUGGUAACGCAACACCUUCCCUUCAGAGUGGAAGCAAACCCGCCCAGACCUUCAGGGAAAGUUGACUGCGAACGCUUUAAACGCAGCAUUUUAAGACAACCGGGCAUCCCCCAGGCCAGGAGGGAGGUUUCCAGGCAUGCUUCCACACUGUCUGGUGGCGGGGAGACCCGGGGGGUGGGGGGGGGGUGGACGGGAGCAUUAAGAGUUAGUGCUCGACUGCCCACUGACACCAUUUCCCCAUGUGAUGUGUUUAGUAUCUAGAAGUGGGUAAAAAGAUUUGUUUAAAGUUGUAGUAACUUAAUUAGUAAUAGUAUAAUUUUAAAAGUUACACACAAAAAUAAACAUUAAAAAAAAAACGAUGUUUUUUUGAUGUUGAAAAAUAAGGCUACAAGUCAGUAAACACAAUAACUUUGUCAAGUCCAACGAUUGGUGUAAAAAUAACAAUAUGACUUAUUUCAGACUUUAAAGAGCUAUUUUCCUUUAAAAGUUGUGAUUUAUUAAUUUGUAAGCACAUGAAUUUUUCUUGUUGCUAUAUUAUGUCGUGUGGAUAUAUAGUUAGUGUUGAAUUUUUUUUCUGGCUUAAAUAAUGGGAAGCUAGUGAUGUUUUUUUUUUCUUUCUGGGUUUUGCUGGGGGUUGUACAAUCAAGAAGAAGUUUGGGGUUGACAUAAUUUAGAAUGCAAAGCCAUCCAGCAACCCAUUUUAAUUUUCAAGAUUUUUUAAUAUCUUUAAAAUUUUAAUUUUUUAAUAAAUAUUUGGAUCUGCAUAGGUAGAAUUAGUAUUAUUUGCCAAGGCAUAAACUUUAAAAAAAACGGGAUAUUCCGCCAGGGCGAAUGUCUGAUGCGAUUUUGGUUUGUUCCCUAAUCCAAAUUUACCAAGUCAAAGUUGAAUUAUUCAUUAAUUUUGUUCAGCCAAAAUAACAAUAAUUUUUCAGCCAGGUUCUCAAUUUAGCCUACUGCCAUGGGCGCCCGCAGGUAGGGGCGGGGGGGGGCAUGCCUCCCUGGAUUGAUUAAAUAAAAAAAAUUUUAGACAAAAAUAGACAAAAAAUUUAUUAAAGUAAANUCCUGACCGUUCGUUCCCCAUACAAAUACGCUACAGUAAAUUAAAACUACAUUAAAACAUUACUUUAAAUUUUUUUGCCCCCCCCCUGGAAAGUUAAUCGAUUUUUUUUGCCCCCCCCCAGAAAGUUUUCUGCGUGUGCCCAUGCCUACUGCCUAUGGGCUACAUCAAUAUAGGCUAGACUAUAGGCCUAAAAAGUUUGUGAUUGUCAGUGUUUCAUUCUCAUUAUUUUGAUACAGUGUUAGUUCUAGGUCUAAUGUUAAAAAUUCAAUAAUUCGUUUUUUUUUGUUUACAUAUCAGGCACUUUGUUAUCACCCGGGAACAUAAACAAAUCUGGUAUCUCAAUUUCGUCAUCAAAAGGGACAACCUCCACUUUUUAAUUUGCAUAUGGUAUCUUUGUUUCACCUUUUAUACCGGCAUUUGAUUAUUGGCAUAAUAAUAUAUUAUACAUCCCCCAUUACGUAAAGCCGACAUCUUGAUUGUUCAAUUGAGAAUUUAAUUACUUUUUUUUUAGGUUGAUGCUUUAAAAAUUGAAGUUAAAAUAUGUCAACUUUACUGAUUGAUAACUUUUAAACAUUUAAAUUAUAAAAACCAUUCUGAAAUUUAUUAUGGCAUAACAUGUCAUUAUAACAUAUAAAAAUUCAUGAGUGUAGACUGUAGGAAAGGGGGGCAAAAACAAACAAAGAGGUCACUAUUCUAGGCUAUGUAGUUCGUCGUCAUGGCGACUAAGCUUGUUGUUAUAUUACCCAUUAUUGAUGGCGGCAGUGGAAUGGUUAAUAAUUCGUCAAAUUGUUUGUCCAGUAUAUAAGUGGUAAAGAUACCGGUAACCAAUGUUCCCUUUAAGCUGCGUGGCCGCGCAGCUGUCUCACAGAUGCCGUGCAGCAGUUUUGAGUAUCCGCGCAGCUAAGUUCCAUUUAAGUUUGUGUUUGUGGGCUGUAAAAUUUUGCACACACAAAAAUUGAUGCUGUAAAACUUACACACAACUGAAUGAUUUUGCACACAAACCAGCAAUACUUAGAGGGAACAUAGCUGUUAACUAAUAAUAAAUCAUUUUAAAAUAGAUUAAACAAAUUUUGUAACAUAAAUUAUUAGCGGCUUAUCUAAUAUCAGUGGUUUUAAUUUUAGGAUUGGUUGCCAAGGAUAUAAGAUGGAGAACCUACCACUUGUCUUUGACUUAGGCCUUUGAAAAGUUUUAGAAUAUUUAUUAUAAAAUAAUAUAAUUUAAGUGACAUGUUUGAACGAUGUUAAGCUAAAUUUUAUUUGUUAUGUAAAUUUUAAAAAAAACAACUUACCUCUGAUAUUGAAAAUUAUUAAAUAUAAAAUAAAAAAGUUCAUUUCAAUUAAAUAUUUCACAAUACAAACUAUUAGACAUAAGACGCUAAACUACUACUACUAAUUACUAAUGAAUUUAACACAUUCAUUAACAAAGGCCUCCUCAAAGAAAGCUAAUAACACAACACAAUAAUCCAAAGAAUUUCAUAACAAAUAUUAAAAUGUUCCUCAAGUGAAUUAUAAUUACUGGCCCACCUGUAGUCUUUUAGAUGAAUAUCAACAACCUAUCACCAUGUCUAAACCUUAGAACCUAUCGUCCAAGCCUACUUAUUCAGUAUAAGUAUACGUUAAUGUAAAUGGCUCAAAUGACUAUUAAACAAUACUAAAACUAUUAAAUUUUCGUAUGUAGGGCUUACUCCUUGAUUUUAAUGAUGUGAGAACCUCUGAAAAUUUUGUUUUUUUUCUCUUUUAUAAAUACAAAUAAUUGCUUGCAUUUUUCAUUAAUAAGAUGCACCAGCACACCAAAUUUGAGCUGUGUAUCUUUAACAUUUAACAAGUUAUGAUUAUUUUUCAUUCCAAAAAUGUGCAGUUUAUUGAAUUUAUACAGGAAAAAAGUGGAUCUUACAUUUAAAAUAGUUAUUUAAAUAAGAUAAUGCUAGUUUAAAGCAUAUUUUCUGCUUUAAUUAUUAGUACGGUAUAUAAUUUUAUCAACAAAUCCUGUAAAUCUGACAUUUUUACAUUGAGAAAUAUGCUAGAAAUAUGAUUAAAAGGGAUGAGCUGAAAAAUGGGUCCCAAAAGGUGGAGACAAACUCAAUGGUAAAAAAAAAGUGACUUGACGUCGGUGCUAAAAAAAUUCAGAACUAUUCAACCAUUUGAGCUAGAAAGAAGUUGAUCUUAGUGGUUUUGUAAACCAUUUCGUUGGCUCUAUUCAACCGUGUUGGAUUUAUAUUUUUGCAAUAUUUUGAACAUUUCACCAAAGUACCUAUGUGUAUAUUCCUCAAUCUGUUUUUUUUUCUUCAGGAAAUUGGCAGUGUCUCCAUCUUGAAAAACUGCUUUGGGAAAUAACAUCAGAGUUACGAUGUCCCAAGGUCAAAGUUCCCUCCCCCAGAAUAAAGAAGCUCAGCUUAGGUCUUACCAAGUCCACCUGAAGGACAACACUCGCUCAAUGUUUGAUAAUUUCACUGAAAUAAUUCGACUGGCCCGCGUAAGUGACAAGGUAUAAUGGUAAACUUUUGUCUUUUUUUUUCAGUGUUCCAAUAACCGGAAGCCUGGCCCUGGUGGAGGACUUGCACUCACUCAUAACACAUUUUUAUCUAUUUAUCAUAUUCAUCAUUUAACUUUAAAGUUGUUGUAACCAUGGGUUGUUAACUUCAAGUUUUGUACAUUCCAUGACGUCUCCAAGAUGUAAUGAGAUCUUUUCACGCAUCAUUCAAGCUCUCCUGUCUUCUUAAUGAAUUUAAUUCAUACUCAUAUUUAAAAAUUAAUCAAACGAAGAUGACGUUUGAUUUUGUAUAUUUUAUUUCUUCUCUUAAGACAUGAAGUUCUUGUCCAAAUAGAGUUAUGCCAUUUUCUUAGACAUUGGAGAGGGUUUUUAAAAAGUAGUUUAGGCAGGAAUAGAUAAGAAAUUUAAAAAGUAAAUUAAUCUAUUAUCUGAUAUCUGUAUAAAUAUUGAAUGGAAAAUACAGUGUCAAAAGCUAAAUACCUGUCUCCAAAUUUUGUAGGGGACUAUUGUUUUUAUUAAAAAAUACAUUUAACAUAUUCAAUGUUUAAGCGGCAUGUUUUUUGGUGUAUGGUUUUGGUACAUUCUAUCUAACAAGCUAAUAAUUUUUCUUUGAAUUUAUUGCUAUUUUUUAAAUUUGACUUAAGUUUUGGAUACAAUUUUCUGCUGGGUGGGCCAGGUUGUAUCUGUUUUUCAAUGUGGAAAAAUUAUUUUCUUCAGUCUUGAGAUCAACAUGAAAACUUUCUAUGAUACAUACUUCAGAGAUAAAAACUCUUUGGCACAUAAUUGGUGAUGUUCUGUACACAUUAACCAAUAUAUUUAAGUCGGUUUCUAUGCCCAUGUGUCUCUUUUUUUUUAAAGGGAAUGCAUUAUAUUAUAAAAUUGUUUUUUUGAUACUUUUGUAGUAUAGAAUUAGCAUUAGUUAUAACAUGUUUUGAUAUUUAUAGUAUUAUGAAAUGUUUUGUUAUGCAUAGUAUAAGUUAUGAAAUGUUUUAUUUUCACCCAUUUCCAUCAUUAAUGUCUAAUAAUCAAAGUAAACAGUUUAAAUAACCUCAAUAAAUGUAACGGAUAAAAUAGAAGUUGAAUUUAAUGUUUAAAAAGUUUUUACUUUGAAUAGUUAUACAUUCAAAAGAUGAGCCGAGUUAUUUCACAAUAUGCAACUUUUAACAAAUGUAUAUCUUUUGUCUGUGUUAAAAUUCGUUAAAUUAAGCAAAAAAUAAUUUGUGACACUUAAAAUGGUAUUCGGGCCAUCCAUAUAGUAUGUACACAAAAAAAGUCUGAUUAUCACACACACAACACCCCUUUCCCCCCCUUCCCCCAGCCAUUCCCCUGUUCCAUGCUUACGUUUUUAGACACACCCCUAGGCCAUUGGUUCUUAACCUGGGUUCGAUCAAACCAGUCUCAGGGGCUUGGCGGAGGUACAAAAAAAUUUUUUUUAAAAUCAUAUUUUAUUUUUCCUAUUAAGAAGGGUUUGGUGAAUGCGCAUAUGAAACCAGUGGGGUUCAGUACCUCCAAAAAUGUUAAGAAUCACUGCCCUAGGCAUAUGUAUAAUGAGCUUUCCACCCCCACCUCCUUUUUCAAGGAAAAAACCACCAACAAAUCAAUUGAUUUACCAGUAUCGACAAUUACAAUGUCACAGGUGGGUGUGACUUCUGUUUGGUGAGCCCAGUGGUUCCAAUAAUAUUCUCCCGGUGACCGUAUUGCCCUGGGGGCAGGCCCUUGAGAAGGAGGGCAGUGGCCCCAGGCGGAUAGGAUUUUAAUAGUGAAUUAAGUUAUUAAGUCCCAUGUACUUCACAAAGAAAAGAGAAAUUUAAAAAAUCGUCUUUUUACCCACCACUGUUUACUAUGUUUUAAGGGACGCCAUUUUCAAAAUUUGCUCUGUGCGCCGCUUGCCUUCGGAACGCCCCUGCAUUGAGUUUCUGCAGCUUGCUCACAGGGGCGCCGCAAAAUGUUACAUAUGACAACAGUAACUCGCUUGAGCACACACGAUUGUUUGCAGUUACUUAAUGACACUUAGUGACAGUGUUUCAUUUAUUUUUAGCCAAACCUAUAUUAUUAUUUUUUUAAUGUAUUCAUUAUUUGGUAGUGUACUUUUAAGAAUUUAACAACAUAAAUUAGGAAAGGGCGCCGGGAAUACAGAAUUUUUAGGUACCACUGGCCUAGCCGAAUAAAAUAUAUCACAGGCACUUGGAAUAUACGAUGGACUAAAUCUUACUGUUACUACUAUACGGAGGCCUUAUACUAGAAUGAUAUCUAGUGAGUUCAUUUUUGAAAACACAACGCAGCAUGACGUUAAAUCCUACAGGAAAUUGCAUAAUACUUUUACAGCUAUAUAUGCUAUUUAUGGACUGUUUCAGAAAAAUUAUUGCAAAAUUUGUGCGUAAAUGGACGUACUAUCUUCCAGACACACAAACACCCCCCCCACACACACACACACACCACCUCCCAUGGACAAAAUUGACAACGUCCCUCAGUGCUAUGUACUAUAUGGCCGACCGUUACCCAAAUCUGAUGUCCAAGGAUAACUCUUCGUUUUAUUUUCUAAUUAAAAUUUAACAACAUUCCAAAAACAUUAAAUUUUCAGAUUGAGGAGGAUGGACAGCUCUUGCGACCAACUCAGAUAGACCAGGACAACUAUGAGAUGCAAGUGCGAGCAGCCAAUAUCGUAAGUCUAGCUGCAGGAAAUACAAGAGAUAAGGUUUUCUUCUCCAUGAAACGUGAAAUGGCUUAAAUUCUUGACCUUUAUCUCAGCAUUAAAGAAAUCGUCCUAGAUUAACUUUCAUGAAGUAGAUUUAUUUUUCAAAUAAUCGUACAUAUCAAUCUCUAUACCGGUACAUAGGUAUCACAACCUAGUACAUUAUUGAUAAUCCUUCUAUUGCUAUAUCAUUACAUCAAACUAGAUUAACAUUUUCAAUUAACUGUGUUAUUACCGGUACGUCAAAAUGGAUAAAAAUAUUUUAAAUUAAUUGUGUCAUCAUUAUGUCAAACUAGAUUUGCUAUAAUUUAUAAUAUUAUCAGGUCAAACUAGAUUGAACUAUUUUCAAUUAACUGUGUCAUCAUUACGUCAGACUAGAUUUGUUAAAAUAUUAUCUGGUCAAACUAUGCUGCACUAUUUUCUAUUUGCCGUUAUCAUCAGGUCAAGGCCGGCCAGAGCCUGAUGAAGUUGGUGUCCGACCUGAAGCAGUUUCUCAUCCUCAAUGAUUUCCCGUCGGUGAACGAAGCCAUAAACCACAAUGCUAACCUGUACAAGGAGAUGCAGGGUAACAUAGACAAGAAACUCAUGAUUCUACGAGACGAAAUGUCUGCCGACCUCUACGAACUCGAGGACGAGUACUACUCAUCUGUCUACAAAUAAAACCUGCCAGCCUGGCUGCAUCACUAAUCCGUCUACAAAUGAACCUGCCAACCUGUCUACAGCACUUAACUGUCUACAAAGGAAGCAUGUCAAGAUGCAUUACAAUUACACUUACAUCUACUAAUAGACAUUAUUUAGUUUUAGGAGUUGUUCAUAAAGAGACAACCACAGG